UCCUUCGACUAAAGAUGCAGAAAUCAGUGUUUCUUCAGCUCCUUGCUGUCCUAGCAGUCCUAUCGUGGAAUCUCGCUGAUGCCAAAGCAUUUGAAGCAGACAAUGAAGUGUUGACGAUAGAAAAACGAGAUGAGGCUGUUAACGUUGCUCAAGAGGCAAACGAUGAAGAAGAGGAAGUCGUGACAAAACGGGAACCAGAAAAUCAAGAAGAAGAGGAAGAAGAAAUGGAAAAGCGUGAUCCAGAAAAUCAAGAAGAAGAGGAAGAAGAGGAAGAAGAGAUGGAAAAGCGCGAUCCAGACAAUCAAGACGAAGAAGAAGAAGAAAUGGAAAAGCGGGAACCAGAAAAUCAAGAAGAAAUGGAAGAGCGUGAUCCAGAAAAUCAAGAAGAGGAAGAAGAAAUGGAAAAGCGUGAUCCGGAAAACCAAGAAGAGGAAGAAGAAAUGGAAAAGCGUGAUCCAGAAAAUCAAGAAGAAGAGGAAGAAGAAAUGGAAAAGCGUGAUCCGGAAUACCAAGAAGAGGAGGAAAAGGAAGAAAAGCGUGAAACUGAAGAUGUUCAGACAGAAAAGACAGUCGAAGAAAAACGUGAGGACACACCGGCUUCUGAUAGUGAGGUUUCUGAUGUAGAAGAUCUUGAGGCAAGAACAGUUCAGGCUCGUUUCACUCUCGUGGAUCGCAGAGGUCGAAGGAUUAAUGGCGAGAGGGAGGGUCUCCUGCUGUUCAAUGGUGGAACUGUUUGUGACGACGGCUUCUCAACCAACUCUGCAAAUGCGGUCUGCAGGACAAUGGGCUACAGGAGUGCAACUCGUUUCAGACAUGGCCUCGUCUAUGGAACCUUUCAGAGCCGCAAAAGAAUUGGUCUAGACGAUGUGAUCUGUUCUUCUCACCACUGGGCUUCAUGCAGGUCGACUACUAGACACAACUGUGUACACAGUGAGGACAUCUUGCUGACCUGCCACGGAACCGGCUUCAAGUUGCUCAACAGAGCAGGACAUGUUGUGACUGGACAAAGAGAAGGUCUCCUCACCUACCAGCACGGCACUGUCUGCGAUGAUUACUUCAACUGGAAUUCUGCUCACGCCAUCUGCAGGGUCAUGGGUUACUCCUCUGCCGCCCGUUAUAGACACGGUCUGAGAUACGGAACCCAGCAGAGCCACAGGGCCAUUACCAUGGAUGAUGUGAGGUGCCGAUCCAGUUACUGGAACUACUGCUCCUACAGAUCUGCCCACAACUGUGUACACAGUGAGGACAUCUUCCUGACCUGCAGACCUGGCACCUCACAUGCUCACGGCUUCAGACUUGUGGACUGGAGAGGAGCAACUGCUGCACGUGGAUGUGAGGGUCUAUUGCUAUGGAAUGGCGGCACUGUCUGCGAUGACUACUUCAAUAUGAACGCAGCUCAUGCAAUCUGCAGAACCCUGGGAUUCAGGUCCGCCACCAGGUACAGGAACGGGCUUGCGUACGGGGCUAUGCAGACAAGGAAGACGAUCAGGAUGGAUAACGUGAGAUGUACUUCCAGAACCUGGAGCCGAUGUCAUUACUCUACCACACACAACUGCAAUCACGGAGAGGACAUCCUGCUCACAUGCCAUGCUUAGACUGGGGUACAAGAACACGGACACCAUGUAACCAAACAGACAUAUUAUCUGGACUACGGACUAUCAUUAUUAUUUCAUCCAAAAGUUAUUUGAAUUAUUGUGUUAGAAAAAAAGUUAUUUUAUGAAAAGUAUGUGCCCUAAUUUGUACUUUAUCUAACGUUUUGAAUUUUCGAAUGGGAAAUGAGUAUCUAUUGAAUAUUUGUAGUUAAUUGAUUAAAUCCUAUCAACCCUCCAUUAUAUAAUUAAUAAUAUC